ACAGUACUGCAGUGGAGACCCAAGGCUCCCCUCCAUUGAGCUCAAUACACUAAGGGCCUGAGGCUUAAGAUAGGCCAGAAUUGGCUGUCAGUGACAGACACAUACAAAUGCUAGGGGGCUAACCUCCAUGCCAUGAGAUUGUGGUAACAGGAGUAAUCAUCUGUUUGUGAGACCUGAGGACUCAAAAGCAAAUUAUGUGGGGUCUGGGCCCCUUAGGAGUCACAGCAAGGUUCCAGCAUCUGUAACAGUUACAACACAGGCCUGAUCCCAAUGGUCAAAACUUCUGGAGGCCACCAACUGGAACCCAUAGUAGACAGAACUCUCUCCAUCACUACCAAGCUAAGAAGAGUGAAACCAAGCCCCUGAAGGUGGAGAAAACAACCUGGAAACUGGUACCAGAAAUGGGUUGCUCCAGCAUCUGCCUGCUAAUUUAGCUCAAGACACACAUUUCUGAGAGUUGAAAAUUGAGUGUGCUGCAUUUCCUGGUUCCAGACAAGCAGAACCUUGUCUCCCAGGGACAGACUCCCAUCCAGCUACUUUUCAGGCUGGGCACACAAAAGUAAUAGGUUUACCCAUGGUGCCUCCAUCUCUGAACCCUUCACCUUACUGUCUCAUUGGGUGUGUAAAGAUGCUGGUCAGUGGCUCCGUCUUUGCUGUUUCAAGCCCUCAGAAGCUAUGCCUGUGAACUACUAGUGUGGCUGGUGGCAUUGGCCAUGUGCCUUCUGUAGAAGAGGGUGCCGUCCUAACAAAUGCCAGCCUCCGUGUAUGGGCCAAGGGUGUCUAGCAUCUUCAGCAUCAGGCACGCAUCUGAUAUUACUAACAGUGGUAUGAGCUUGCUUUCCUGCACUUGAACCAGUGGCUUGGGUAGCAGCAGUGAUUUAAAGUUGGACCAGUUAAACUAGUCUAGAUCUUCUUUCCUCUAGCCUUAUUGUCCCAAGAGUCAUCUAUUCAGUGUGUGGGAGCCAUCUACCCCAUUGCCAUAUUCAGGGGACAGAGAGUCAGGUAGGUAAAGAGGAGCCCCUCAGCAGGAUCCAGUACCAUCUGUUGUCCAGUGGGACUGGCAGUGUAGCACAACCCAUCCCCUUGUGCCUUUGGCCGGGACCUGUAUCACAUAUAGCCCCUCCCAUUUCAGGGCACUGUCUUGCAUGGGACAACAACCCCAGCUCCUUAGUACCUGAGGUAGAAGGUGCCAAUCAAGCACGGCAUGGUCCUUCAGAUAAGACUACAGAUACAUCACUAAGCAUUGUGGGGCCCCUGACAAUUUAUGGGUCUCAGUCACCCUUGAGAAAAGCAGAGCCCUCUACCCUGGCCAGCUGAGUCCAGCUUAGUGGUCACACUCAAAGCCUGUAUGGAGAUGUUUGUCUGCUGAUUAGUGGUGGAACUGGUUAAGGAGUGCAGAGAGCACAGGGAUUCUGGAAGUCCCUGGUGGUUUGAAUGAGAAUGCCUCCCAUAGGCUUAUAUACUUGAAUGCUUAGUCAUCAGGGAAUGGCAGUACUUGAGAGGGAUUUGAAGGUGUGGCCUUGUUGGAGGUGUGUCACUGGGAGUGGGCUUUGGGGUCUCAAAAGUUUAAGCCAGGCCUAGUGGCUUUCUCUUCCUGCUACCUACAGAUCUGGAUGUAGAACUCUAAGCUCCUCUUCCAGCAUCAUGUCUGCCUGUGUGCUACCAUGCUGAUAAUGGACUAAACCUCUAAAACAGUAAGCAAGGACAAAUUAAAUGCUUUCUUUUUUAUAAGACUUACUGAGGUCAUAAUGUCUCUUCUCAGCAAUAGAGCACUUGCUUUGUAACUUCCAUAGGUCUCUAUGUACUGGCUAGAGGGCUGUGGCCCAAGACAUCUGUGGAAAUCUGAAAUGAGUUUCUUGCCUGAGGCAUCCGAAGGGCAUGUGUCUGCCCUAGGCUAUAUUUUAGAAAAAUGCUGGGGAAUAAGAUCCUGUCAGGUUAAGAUGUAGGUUUCCAGGCCCAGAUUCUUUAUUCUGAGACCAAAGACCUUGCCCUAGAGACAGGAUGUGGAGUAGCAUAAGCAGCUUGACACUAUUAAGUCCUAUAGUAGGGUUGGGUGCCCUAGCCAACAUGAAACAUCUUAAGGUUUAGGGUUCCCUAGUAUGCUGUCUAAUGAAAAGUAGAAAGAGAUGUUGACAGCUAUGAGGGAAGGCAACAUGAAAAAGUGGCUACCAGUCUGGCUCCCUGGGGUCUCAGAUAGUUCCUUUGUCAACUUAUUCUGAGUAGCCAGUGCUCAGGCACUCCAAGGUAGAAAUUCUGGGUCACCCAUUCCCCCAUCUCUCCACUUUCUGUUCCUCGCACCCUCAUUCCUUUGUGUGCUCAGUAUUUUUCAUUCCGUAGCACUGAAAGUGUUCCAAAGCCACCCCACUAAGGAUGGGUGAGACAAGAAAGGACCAACACCAGUAUUAGGUGGGUGAGGCCAAGGACCACAAGAGUGAUAGGACAAGGGGUUGGGGCCUUGGUCAUGAACACUGGAAGAACUGACACAAGAAAAACCCAUAAACAAGUCAUAAGUAAGAGGCUUUCAUACAGGUCUUUGGGGACCUUGUCCUUACUGCUAGGUACAGAAGGAUACCAGUGUUCAGGCCAUCUUAUAUCCAGACAGUAUAAGACCAUGUUUACAUCCAGGCCCAAAAGAUGGGGCAAAAUACUGAAUAUGGUGGCUCACAUGCCUUUAAUCCCAGCACUGGACGGCAGAUGUAUCUCUGUGAGUUUGAGGUCAGCCUGGUCUACAAAAUCAAUUCCAGUACAACCAGAGCUAUUACAAAUAGAAACUAUCUGAAAAAAAAAAACAAAGGGAGGGGCAAAGAGCCCAAAAUGCCAAACCCAGUGGCACCUUCUACUCCAUCCUAGCACCCAUUGUGGGAAAACCAGUUUAUUUAGCUAGCAGCUGAGGCCUUAGGAAGAAUUCUGGCCACAGGGCAACUACCAAAUGAGAAUGUGCAUAUCUAGCCUUUUAUAUCCAUUGUUUGGGGGACAGCUCAAUGGCCAGUAGAGGUGACCAGCACCAGGCACAGAUAAGGGAUUGGCCUAAGACUAAGAACCUAAGAAAAGUCCUGGUCCUAAAAGACUUCAUGCACUAGCCAUGUCUUGUCUCAGCAGCGCUUCAUCAGAGAUCUACAGCCAGGUCCACAGCCUUGGUAGUGAGGGCUGUAAUCAUGGUAGGUUUUGUGAUACUACUGAGAGAGUGUGACUAGUUUGGUACAAGGAUGGGGUCAGUUAGGGCCUCACCCAUAGACAUGGAGCUGGUAGAGCUGUGGGACCCAGAGUGAGAACAUACUAACACAGCAUACGUGUGCACAAUGGUAGUCGUAUGUUGAUGUGCACACCCACAUUCACUGCUUGACAGUUUUUGUCACUUUCCUGCUGUGCAGGUGCCCUUGUAUUUGUGGCAUAGAUAUUCAGGAUUGUGAUGUCCUCCCAGUGGAUUUUUUCUUUAAUGAGAAUGAAGUGUCCCUCCCUAUCUUUUUGAUUAAUUUUGAUUGAAAGUCUUUGUUAUUAGAUAUUAGGAUGGCUACUCCAGCUUGCUUCUUGGGCUCCUUUGCUUGAAAAACCUUUUUCCAGCCCUUUACUCUGAGGUAGGGUCUAUAUUUGUUACAGAGGUAUGUUUCUUGAAUGCAGCAGAAUGUUAGAUCCUGUUUCCACAAUCAUUCUGUUAGUCUGUAUCUUUUUAUUGGAGCAUUGAGUCCAAUGAUGUUUAUAGAUAGGGUCAAGAUGGACCCCACUUACUGUCCUAGACAGUGUAGUCCAAGUUCUUCCUAUACUAGUUGGGGCUCCUCCAAGUCCUGGUCCCUCUGCCAGCUGGGAGUUGACUUCCCCUGAGGUCAGGACUGGAAGAAGGCCAGGACUGUGUGAGGCCUGGUAGAUUCCUCAGUCCUCACAGCACAUUUGCCUCUGGACAUUGACUGUUCACUGGGUAGCCUUGGUGACAUCAGAGCUUGGAUAUUUCCAGGAGCCCUCUGAAGAUUGUUCCUCAGAACUCUGGGACUCUAGCUUCCUAGAGGUAGCAUGUGACACAGAGUCAUACUCUAUACAGAUCACUUGGGCUGGGCCCUCAGCAGCAUUCCCUCCUUAGCACCCUCAUGUCUUCUCUAAUUCUAGACCCAUCAAUAUCCCUUCUUAUACCUUUAGUUACCCAUCUCCUCUCUAGGUCUUCAUUUUUCCUCAAGCCUCUAUUUCGCUGGGCCCCAUUUUUUGGUUCUUAGUACUCAUGGAAUUAGGCUCCUCAUACUCACAGAAUUAGGCAGGGGACUCUUUAUCCUUCCAGAGCUCAGGCCCCUUCCUCUGAUAGGACAUUGUCCCCAGGUUCCCACAAUCCCCCAUAUGUUACUCCCUUGAAAGUUGGCAUUGAGCAUAAGGAUAUCUAGGAGCAAAAUUGUGGCAGCUUCUGGGGAUCUGAACCAUUGGAUAGUUGAGUGUCUAAGGCCAUUCCUCCCACCAAAAUGAGGCUCCUAGCAGCAUACCCUCCCCACAGGCCUGUGUGUGAGCUCCUAUCUCAGAACCCUACAAUUCAGUGUGCCAGAAGACAGCCACUCCAGAAAGAUAGGAAAGAACCUAGCCUGACCAAAGUGGGAGGGGAAGAGAAAUAUCCUCUGGGGUUAUUGAGUCUAGUCAGCAAGGAUAUCUCAGAUCAGUGGGCCUGGGGAAGACCAGGGGCUGCCUAUGCACAGUCCCAGUCCAACCCAUUCCAGUGUGGCACUCCCUGCCCAAUGUUAGAUAUUCCUUGACCACCAACCCUUUUGAACAAUACUGUUACCUGGUCAAAGCUUUUGAGACCCCCCAUCUUUCCAAGCACACCUGAAGGUAGGGGCUUCCUGAAGUAUGGAACAAAUGGUACCCAAGCAGAUACUCAAUGUAUUAUGGCCAGCCUGGGUCCCUAAUAUUCUUAACUGACCCAAUAUCUAGGCUGUACCCCAGGCCUGCCUAGCCCUGACCUUGCACCCCUUCUUCCAGGACUCCAGGGCAAGGAAUUUCCCUAAAGCUGUAGGGUGCUGAAGCAGCAGCAGAUGAGGGUUUUGCAUUAAGCAAUUGUGAGAAUGCAGGUUCGAUGAAAGAAGGAACAGGACAUUGAUGGGCACAGAUAGAGAUAGGGAGAAGGGGGCAAACUGGUUUGUGUCUGGGAGUGUGCAAGGCUAAGUGAAGGAUCCCUGCUGAGCAUACUUGGGACCAGUUGAGCACACUUCCUUUCCAAAGGGAGGUUUUUGAGUAUGUGAGCAUCUGUUCUCAGUCUGGAGUCCCAAGACCAGAGACCUGUGUUGAUACUAGAUCCAUCCUGACUCUAACCCUUCCUGUGGAUCCCCACCCUUUCUGAGCCUACCAAAGAAGAGACCAGCCAAUCUCUGAUGUUCAGGGCAUUCAGGGCCACACCCCCAGCCAUCAUGACCUGGAGGGUAUAAAUAAACCUGUUUCAAAGCUCAUGGCCUGAGAAUUCACACGUGUCUCAGUCAGCCAGCUCCUGGGUGAAGAACACAGGUAUCAUACCUCCCAUUCCCACAUACGCACAGAAGAGGUGUGCCAGCCAGACCGGUACCACAAGAAGGCUGUUGGCUGCUAGCCUGUGGAGGAACACCUGCCAGGUGGAGCAGAGGUUAGGCUGGACCUGGAGGAGGGGGAACAAGCUCUUACUGAGCUGGUCAGCCUAGACACACAGAGCUUUGCUGUGGCCAGUGGAGAGGAUCAUGUCCAGGAACUGCUGACCCCCAGCUACCAGCUCAGAAUCAUGUCAACAGGCCGGCAGAUAUGGCAUACACCCAUGCCACCCCGCCAGAGCAGCUCCACAACCACAGUGCCCAGGUCCCCUGGCUCAGUUGGCAGUCCCAGGUCCCCUAGUACUCCUGGCUCAGAGAAGGUAGCUUCUCCACUGGAGUGUUCCAUCUGCUUCUCAGGCUAUGACAAUAUCUUCAAGACACCUAAGGAACUUUCCUGUUCUCAUGUCUUCUGCCUUGAAUGUUUGGCUAGACUGGCAGCUGCCCAGCCUGCAGGCCAUCCUGGCAGAGAAGCUGUGCCUUGUCCAUUCUGCCGGCAGCCCACAACUGUGCCUGCUGCUGGGGCUCCUGCACUACGCACUAGUCGUCAGCUGCAGGCCAAGAUGCCAGUGCACCUACAGAAGGAGGAGCCUGUAUGGCUUGAGGGCACCAAAUUGUGUUGCCGCCCCUUGCCCACCACUUCUGACCAAGAGGCCAGUGGCUUUGUGUGUGUGGAUGUAAGCCUGAACAAACCAGCUGAGCCCAACUUACCGCCACCUAUCCAGGAACCUGCACCCAACCGAGGCUGUCUGGCCCGCUGUUGGGCACGCUUUGGGGACUGGCGUCGUGUAGCUCUGGUUUCUGUACUGUUGCUAGUGCUGUUUUGUGUGGUACUCUGGCCCGUGCAAUGUGCACUCAAAACUGGAAAUCUGCGCUGCAUUAACCGGCCACUUGUCGCCACUGCCACUUUCACUGCCACCACCGAUGCCCUCUCCCUUGGGCCCUUAGCCAACAACUAGGGUCACCACGUUGGCCAGGCUAGCUAUUCUACCAGAUCCAUGGAUGGGUCUCUGACCCCCUGAGGUUAAGAACACAGCAGCUUCGGAAGUUAGUUGAUCCCCUAGAACCCAAUAUAGGACACAUAUGUGUCCCCCACUCUCCAGGACUAGGUGCCACUGGGGACUAAAGUCCUCAAAGCCUUUAAGAACUACAGGCUUCUAAAGGUCUUAGAAACUGUCCUGGGACCCUGUCAUGAGGAAAGAAACCCAGGAAUGGCUAGCCAGGCCCCUGGCCUCCCUGAAUUGUCAAAACAGCAGAAGUUUGCCAUCCUUGCUUUCUUAAGACAUUUUAUCAGGGUCCUCCCCAGUUCCUUUCUCUAGGAAGGGCUAGACCCUUCCACUUGGUGGGAAUGCUAAGCAGCUAGUUCUCUAAUUAAGAGUGAAAGUAAAAAGGCAGGACACCUGCUCAUGCCACAUCAAGAACUUGCUAGCUCUCCCUGGCUGUUAUGAAUGGUACCUUUUAAAAUAAA